AUGAGCAACCCGUUCCGCUACUUCAAAACCUCGCCCGAGAUCAUCCGCCUGGCGGUGAUGAUGUAUAUCCGCUUUCCGCUUUCGCUGCGGAAUAUCGAGGACCUGCUCCAUGAGCGCGGGAUCGACAUCAGCCACGAGACGGUCCGGUAUUGGUGGAACCGGUUCGGACCGCUGAUGGCCCGCGAGAUCAAGAAGCGGCGGUCGCACCAGCUUCGACAAGUGACCCAGUGGCGCUGGCACCUCGACGAAGUCUUCGUGAAGAUCAAUGGUGAGACCCACUAUCUGUGGCGUGCCGUCGACCAUGAAGGCGAGGUGCUGGAGUCGUUCGUCACCAAGACGUGCGACAAGGCUUCAGCAUUGAAGUUCCUUAAGAAAGCGAUGAAGCGAUGCGGCAAGCCGGAAGAGGUCGUCACGGAUCGCCUCAGGUCUUAUGGCGCAGCCAUGCGCGAGAUCGGGAACGGCAAUCGCCAGGUCACGGGCCGUCACGAGAACAAUCGGGCUGAGAACUCACACCUGCCGUUUCGAAGACGGGAGCGGGCGAUGGCGAGGUUCAGGCAGAUGCGAAGCCUCCAGAAGUUCGCCGCCGCCCACGCGUCCGUCCACAACCACUUCAACCAUGACCGCUCCCUCGAACGCCGGCCUCGCUUCAAAUCCCUCCGCGACGCAGCCCUCGCCGAGUGGCGUCAGCUCCCGGCUGCGUGA